UUUUCUGGAAUGUCUUUCGAACUACACGCUGAUCCGCUGUGGAUGCGUCAAGUUCUCGCUGCCCGGGCACCUGGUAUGAGGGUGUGCGAUGCCAGCAAGAUCAACUGCUACCUAGCUAAGAUUUUGGCUACCGUGAACUCGUUCCGCAGCGUGGCUUAUGAUGAACAGUACUCUCCAGCUGCCAUGAUCAUUUCGUUCAAGGAACGUCACUAUCUGUCGUUGUGGAGACGCGAACUCAUCAGCACAACCGAUGCGUUGGCCAAGUUGGGAGGAUUGAUCGCUCUACUGCUGGGAGCCAGUGCAAUAAGCUUGGGCGAGCUUUUGUACUUUUGCUGCGUGCGACCGCUACGAAGGGAAAGGGGACCUAGGGGUUCACAGAUCGUUGCGUCUUGGAAUGGACAAAACGAUAAUUAAGAACCAUGAUAAAUCAUGUCAAUUCUCCUUCAAUGUUUUAAUUAAAUGCACUGUCUUCAUUAAAAAUUCAAAUCCUCACUUGUUUUCAGUAUAUUUAAAGGUA